GUUGGAGACACACGCUCAACACGCACAAUUACCCUCACCUCCCUAUUUCUACGCGCCCCUCGCGUCGCCGAAGCUCGACGCACCCGAGGAGACGCAGGAUGGCGUCCAACAAGAAGAGCAGCCUCACGGGCUACAUCCCCGACAUCCUCAUGGCCGCCGCCGCACCUCUCAUAGCCUACUUCGUUAUCCGCAAUCUCCUCGCCCGCCUCGACCCCGAUGCCCAGCAGAAGGAAGAAGCUCGCGCCAAAGCCUCGGCCGCAACACGCAAACUCGACGCCAUCUUGACCAGCAAGCGCCGGAAGAGCUAUGGCGGAGAUGACAGCGACGACGAGACCGACUCGCGGCACACGCGCGCACGCAUACAAGACCUCAACCUGAGCACCUACGAGCAGACCAUCGCCAUGGAGGUCGUUGCGCCCGAGGAGAUCCCCGUGACAUUUGACGACAUCGGCGGCCUCGACUCCAUCAUCGAAGACCUCAAGGAAUCCGUCAUCUACCCGCUCACCAUGCCGCAUCUAUACGCACACAGCUCCUCCCUCCUCAGCGCACCCAGCGGCGUCCUGCUCUACGGCCCACCCGGCUGCGGCAAGACGAUGCUGGCAAAAGCCCUCGCACACGAAUCCGGCGCCUGCUUCAUCAACCUGCACAUCUCGACCCUGACCGAGAAAUGGUACGGCGACAGCAACAAGCUCGUCAACGCGGUAUUCAGUCUCGCCCGCAAACUCCAGCCUAGCAUCGUCUUCAUCGACGAGAUCGACGCGGUGCUCGGCCAGCGAAGAAGCGGCGAGCACGAAGCAAGUGGCAUGGUAAAAGCAGAAUUCAUGACCCACUGGGACGGCCUCGCCUCCUCCACCACCUCCGGCACCGCCACCCCCCAGCGCAUAUGCAUCCUCGGCGCCACAAACCGCAUCCAAGACAUCGACGAAGCCAUCCUCCGCCGCAUGCCGAAAAAAUUCCCCGUCGGCCUCCCCUCCGCCCCCCAGCGCCAAAACAUCUUCUCCCUCAUCCUGCGCGGCACCAAAAUCGACGCCCCGAACUUCGACAUCGAGUACCUCGUUCGCGUGUCCGCCGGCAUGUCGGGCUCGGAUAUCAAGGAGGCGUGUCGCGAUGCGGCGAUGGGGCCUGUGCGUGAGUUUAUCCGCAGGAAGAAGGCGGAGGGUACGUUGGGGAGUAGUAGGGGGGUUGCGCAGGGCGAUGUGAGGGGGCUUAGGAGUGAGGAUUUCUUUGGGAGGGGGAGGGGGUUGCGCGAGGUUGGUGUGGAUGUUGAGAGGGGGGUGAGCGCGAGGAGGAGUACGACGACGGUGCAUACCACGUCGGAGUCUGGGGGGGUUAGUAGUGGGAGUAUGAGUGGGAGUGGGAGUGGGAGUAGUGAGAGUGUGGGGAGUGGGGGCGAGUCGAUGUAUCAUGAUGGUGCGGAUGUGGAGGGGGUGGCGGCUAGGUGAAUGGGUGGGAAAUGGUAUUUGAGCUGCUGGUGUACAUUUGGGCGGCGUUUUGGCAUGGUGUGAUGAAUGAGGAUGAGGUCAUGUGUAUAUGGCGUUUUCGCGCACGAAUAGCUACUGUAAAUGCUGGCAUGGAUAUGAAGGCAAUUCAAUCAUGAUCUUAUAC